UGUGCCAGUGCCUGUGUGUGAGUGUGACUGCGAAGAAGAAGAAGCAGCAGCCGACCAAAACGGAAUUAAAUUCAAACGGCGAAAAGCGAGGAAUUAAAUACUAUCACCACUACCACCAGAGAGGAGCUAUAACCACAAGAGGAGGAGCAUCAGGAUCGGGGAACUCCGGUGGCAGCGCAAUGACCGAAGAACUGAAAGUGGUGCUGCGACGCAGCGAGCAGCAUUCCGGUUUUGGGUUUUCGCUGCUCGGCACCACUGGGCCGCCACAUGUAAUCUACGACAUUGUCGAAAAUUCGCCGGCAGCCGAUUGUGGAGCGGUUGAGGCCGGGGAUGUCAUCCUCAAAGUCAAUGGCACCGAUGUCCAUUGUUACACCACGAAGGAAGUUCUUAAAUGCCUGCGCCUGUCGGACCAGCUAGUGACCUUGGAGCUGAAACGAGAUCCCAAGCUCAAGGCCCGGAUCAAAGAGCAGCUGGCCAACACCCAGAGUCCGCACUAUGUGGACAUUGAAUCGCCAAACAUCUACGACUACCACAGCAGCAGUGCUCACUCCUCGCCAAAUCACCGACCUGCCAGCGCCGGCGGCAAGGGGACCGCCACCACGCCCACGCAGAGCGGGCUGCGCUACAAGUCGCCCACGCACUUGCCAUCGCUGCGCCAGAACCAGAACCAGACCCAGAACUCGUCGCCGCUGCAGGCGAGUGGCUCCACCACGACCACCACCACAACGCAUACGCACACCCACACCCACAGCCGCAACUCCUCGGCCAGUUCCACCAAAAUCAAGGUGGUGGAGCAGAGCAUCACCACCUCGACGACCAGUAGUACCGGGAUGGUGGGUCCCACGUCGCCCACCGGCGGCAGCGGUGGAGAGGCCACCUCGCCCACCUUCCGACCCUCACGCAUUCCACAGGCCCUCAAAGCCAACGCCCCCAAGCCAGUGCCCGUCCUGCACUCCCCGCAGCACAAGCGGCCACGCCCCUCGCAGAUCCCCACGAAGGCGUCCAAUGGGACUGGAAACGGCCAUCCAGCCACCCAGCCCCCGCUUCAGCAUUCGAACAGCUACAGCGGCAGUCCGGUGACCCGGCCGCGGUUCUCCGCCGAAAAGGAGCCGGACCAGGAGAGGGAACCGGAACCGAACUCGGCGCCACCCCAGCCAGCGAAGGCGCCGCGCUUUGAGGCUUACAUGAUGACCGGCGACCUCAUCCUCAACCUGUCCCGGACACCGCAGACCAGCAACCCCUUGCCUGUGCAGACCAAGAAGGUGGACAGCCUCCGGGACUCCCCCUGCCGGCUGGCCAAUCCGCGGGUCAACGGAGCUCUAGCACCGCGUGCCUCUGGCGAAUCCUCCCCCACGUCGUCCUCUUCGGUGGACUCGCCAACCAACACCAGUUCGGAUUCGAUAAAACGGGAUGGGAAGCUGCAGCGGAAGCAGCAGAAGCAGCAGCCCCUACAGCAGCAGCAACAGCGGGACAGCAUCAACAACAGCUACAACCGCAAGGACUCGCUGACCAACGACACGCUGCUGAUGUGCGAGGAGUUGGAGCGGGACGAGGAGGGGGAGCAGCGAUACCAUCGCCAGCAGCAGAACACACAACGCUACGAGUACUACCAAAACGAGGACGAGCUGGAGGAACAGGAGGAGGGCGAGGCGGAGGAGGAGCGAGAGGAGGACCAGACGCACUACGGCAUCACCAACAUCGAGACCUACCAGAGCGGACUGGGGCGCGGCGAUGAGGACGACAGCGACCGCCAGUGUCUGGUGGAUGACGACGACGACGACGAGCCAUACGACGAGGAGGAGAACGAUGCCGGCGACGAGGACUACUCGACCAACUCACUGGGCUCUGGCUCCGCCAAGCAGAGGCUUAGAGCUCUGAAGCAGCGCACAGCCAACCGCCACCAGCAGCGGGCACGAGACGCCGUCGACUGUGCCGCCCGGUCCGGCUCGGGUUCAUCGUCCACGACCGUCAAGAGCGAAGCGGGCGGCCUGGCCCUGGACGAGAUCUCAUUCUCAGUGCCAACCUCGCCCAUUUCGCUGUCGACGCCCUUGAUAGACAAGGAGACGGCCAACUCGGUGCCCACCAGUCCAGAACCGAGCUCGCUGGCCCCAGAAUCGAGCAGUGGAGCCGGCGCGGGAGCAGGAGCCGGUACUGGAGUCGUGGUGCGGCGACACAAUGGGCACGUGGUGCGCAAGUGCGAUGCCGCCGGAUUCCGGACCAGCAAGUCCGAGGACCAUUUGCAGCAGAUCCAGCGCGAGGGCAUAGCCGCCGUGAUACCCAUAGACAUUGAUGAGGACGUGAAUAGCUCGCUGAACACGCUGCUGGACACGCGCCAGGACUCGGAAGACUCGCAGUCGAUGGCCACUGUAAUUGUAAACAACUCGUCGGCGUUGAACAACAACGAGCGUGAGCCGAACAACAAUCCCUCCAGCCAGAGCAACACUUCCAGUUGCAACAGCAACACCAGUAGCAGUAGCAGCAACAAUAACACCAGCAGCAGCAGCAGCAUCAGCGACAACAUCAGCCGAUCUGCAACGGUGGCAACAGCAACCAUCUGUGCCACCAAAGCAACGAUGAACUGCAGCAGCAAACUAAACUAUAUUUUAUGUAAAAAGGCCUCGGAUCGGGAUCGCAUUGUAUGGACCUAUAAUGCACCUUUGGCGCCGCAUCAGUUGGCCGCCCUCCAGCGACAGCAGCAGCAGCAAGAGCAGCAGUUCCAGCACCAUCAGCAGCAGCUCCAGCAACAGCACCUCCAGCAGCAACAGCAACUCCAGCAGCAGCAACAACACCAGCAGCAGCAAUUCUACGGUCAGCAAUCGCAUUCAAAUUCACAUUCAAGUUCCAUUAGCUCGUCCGUGGGCAGUCCGGCAUCGCCCACGUCGGUGUCCUCGUCGGUGAUGUCGUCGUCGGGCUCCAAAGGCGCCCUGGGCAGUAGUAGUAAUGGCCCGGUUGCCCUGCAGCAGCAACAGCAAGGGGAACGAGAACAGGGCGGCCAGUCCGUACAGCCGCCCAACGGAAUUCCCGGUCUGCUGAGCUGCCCAGGGAACAAUGGUGCUGGCAAUGGUAGUGGCGGUGGUGGUAGUAUUGGUGUCGGUGUCCAUGUCGGUGGUGGUGAUCAGAGCGUUUCAGAGGCCAUUUCGAAUAUAUCUAGUCCCGACUACCAAGACGACGAUAAUUUAUUAAGUUCUCGCGAUAUUCUAGGCGGCAUGGUACUGAGCGAUCCCAGCGACUCGGACUCCACCAUUCUCGUCUCGGACGCGGCCGCGCUGCAGCGCCAGCAGAUGAAGCAGCAGCUGCGCGCCCAGCAACAGAGGGAGAAGGAGCGGGAUCGCGACCGCGACCAAUCCGAGCACAAGGUGGUGAUCCAAGUGCGCGGCUUGGACAGCAACCACAGCAACAGCAGCGGCCGCUCCGAUGACGAUGUGGUCACCCUGACGGAUGAGCCGAUCGGGACGAAUCCCGUGGGCUUGCGGGAUGGCUCGCCGCCCGUAUCUGACGACGGCAGCGAUGUGGAGUCCCUGCACUCGUACCACUACUCGCCGAAGGCCGUGGACUUGCCCUCGGCCAUUCGUCUGGCCAAAAGACUGUACUCCCUAGACGGUUUCAAGAAGAGCGACGUGUCGCGGCACCUCAGCAAAAACAAUGAUUUUAGUCGAGCUGUGGCCGAUGAGUAUUUAAAGCACUUCAACUUCAAGGAAAAGUCCCUGGACCAGGCUUUGCGCGAGUUCCUGCAGCAGUUCUCGCUCUCCGGCGAGACCCAGGAACGGGAGCGGGUCCUCGUGCAUUUCUCCAAGCGCUUCCUCGACUGCAAUCCUGGCACGUUCAACUCGCAGGACGCCGUCCACACGCUGACCUGUGCCAUAAUGCUGCUGAACACGGAUCUGCAUGGCCAGAACAUGAACCGCAAGAUGAGCUGUGCCGAGUUUGUGGACAACCUGGUGGAUCUUAACGACGGCGAGAACUUCCCCAAGGACAUACUCAAGUAUCUGUACCAGGCCAUCAAAACUAAGCCGCUGGAGUGGGCGCUAGAUGAGGAGACAGUGGAUAUGCAGCAGCAAAGAGCCCACAACGCUGCUCUGACCAAUGUGGGGGAGAAUCCCUUCCUCGAUCCACCUGAAUCGGCAACUGCAGUGGAGUACAAGAAAGGCUAUGUGAUGCGAAAAUGCUGCUAUGAUAGUAACUUUAAGAAAACUCCCUUUGGUAAACGCUCCUGGAAGAUGUUGUAUUGCACUCUGCGCGAUCUAGUGCUCUAUCUCCACAAAGAUGAGCAUGGUUUUGGCAAGAGUCAAAUGUCCGACAAUCUGCACAAUGCAAUACGCAUCCACCACGCACUGGCCACCACAGCCAACGACUAUACUAAGAAGCAACAUGUGUUCCGCCUGCAGACUGCCGACCAGGCCGAGUAUCUGUUCCAGACCAGCGAUUCCAAGGAACUGCAGUCGUGGAUAGAGACGAUUAACUACGUGUGUGCCGCCAUUUCAGCGCCACCGCUCGAAGGCGGAGUGGGCAGCCAGAAGAGGUUCCAACGCCCGCUCUUGCCCAGCAAGCAGUCCAAACUGAUGCUGAAGGAGCAGUUGGAGUCCCAUGAGCAGCAACUGGCUCAACUGGAGCAGGAUCUCAACGAGCACAAGAGGGGCCCGAUUCCCAGUAAGGGGCUUCCUCUCCAGAACUACAAGGAAAAGGAAAGCUACUUGCAGUACGAACUACGUCGCUAUCGCACAUAUGUGAGCAUUCUGAGCGCCAAGCUGCUGGAGGAUCAACAACAGCUGGAACUGCAGGCGCAGAAGCCAUCGCCGGCAGCGCUCGAGGAAGAGGCCGACACAUUCCCAGUGGGCACCACCACGCCGCAAAGUAUUAUCCUACAGCAACCGAAGGAGCAGGCGCCAAAGGAGCCGCAGCAGCAACAGCCAGCGAACAGAAAAGAGAAGAAAAAGAAAUAAUUACGUUUCGUUUCGCUCUUGAUUUCGAUCAUUUCAAAACCCGCAUACACACACUAUCCUCACUCUCCUCCACAUGCAUCCUGACCAUCGUGAAAAGCAGGCUAUGCCCAAGAUUGAAUUGAAUACUCCACAAUGCCACGCGGAAUCCGCCGGAGAGACCCACAAAAAUUAAUAUAUACUACGACACGCAUCCACACUCGCAUACUCAGCACCACUCACCACAACACCACUCACAGGGACGAACACAACAAAAAGGGGGAGGUGCACCACCCAACACUCACUCACGCGCCGCGGCUGUGCCGUUUCUGCCACUGAAGAAUUUCGGAAUCUGUGCACUUUUCAGUUACUUUAACCAUCGAAUGUUAGGAGGGUUCAUUUGAGAUAAUUAGACUACCAACACACGAUAAUGAUAAUUACUUGUAAUCGAAUUUGUUACGUGUAGAGAGAGGGCAAGAGUUUUACGUUCGAAGUGGGUUAUAGCCCCCUCGAGGUCGUUCAUCAGAAGACAAGAGGCAUUCUCUGCAAUCCAAGCACUAUCUCGCAAUGGAUAUUUUGAAAGAGGUUUCUUGCGCGAUCAUCUGAUCUUUUGUAAAGCCAUGCGAUCAGUUCGAUUUCGAUUAGCCGAGG